AUCGAAUAUACAUAUAUAUAUGUGACGUUCCUUGCAUCAAUUUUAGGCACAUAAGAAAUUUGCAUAGUUUAUUGAUGAAUUGCUUGGCCGAGCUAAUAAGAACAACUCUAGAAGAUUUAGAUGUCACAUUCUGAUGAAAAUGACGAGAACGCGAUCCUGCUGACAAAAACAAAACCGGAUUCCUUGUUUUUUAAACAGAAAAAUGCACAUAUGGACGGAGAAAAUAAAAAACCUUUUAGAAAUAGGCGCAAUGAACAUCACUGCAUGGCCGCAGCUGCUCCUUCUGUGAAUCUUGGAAUAACUGAGCCAACGGAGGAUUUUUCAAAAAGUGCUUCCGUAAAUAACACUAUGUCUUUUGCUGUUGGACAAGCAGGCUCGCAACCAUCUUCCCCCCAAUCCAGUUUUGUUUACAAGCCAUUCGAUUAUACUCUUCAUGGCUUAACGGAUUUUGAAUCUACCAUGAGCUCUACACGAAAGUGCAGUUCACAAUCGCCAGAAUUAUUUAGGAAGGAAAAUUAUAGAUUUGAAAAUAGUGAUGCAGGCCUAGACGAUGACUUCGAUUCCAAUGAUAUAUUCUGCUCCACAAUGAAAGACCCGCAGGAUAUUCACCUCGCAUUUUCGUCAGAUGAGUGCAAAAUUAACAAUAUUAAUAGCAUAAGUGCGAUAAGUGCUCUUGAGGGAAAUCGCAACGAUACUUUGUUGAACUGUGAGAUGAAUGAGUUAAUAGAAAGAAAUCACAAUAGAAAAAAAAAUAUAGUAAUUCAAUCCACAUUGUAUAAUAAUGAUACAAUAUUGGAAGCGCAGGAAAAUAAAGUUCAAUCUGUGGACAAGGACUUAUAUGUAAAAGUUUCCGGGAAGGGAAGCGAUCACUUUAUCUGUAAACAGCAAAAUAACAAUACACUGGAACCUGGGGAAUUAUCCGAAGAUACCACUUCCGAAGCACAGAAGAUUCAAUGUGCAUAUAAGACAUCAGCUGUGGAAGAUAGUGAAGUGUCCUGCGAAGAUGUUGGGGCCCAACAUAUCUUGAUUAAAAAAUCGUCACAUUGCCAGUUUGAUAAUACUACUUUUACAAAAAGAAAUAUAAUGGUGGAUAAGAAAGUGAGUGAGUUAGAGUCUGGUGAGCUAUUCGAAGAUGAUCAGGUUGAAUAUGCUGAUUUGGAAGAUGGCGAACUUACAGGAGAAGAACAUGAAGUCUCAUGUAAUACUAUUAAAAAAGAUGAUAACAGAAUGCCCAUUUGUCGAUUUCACAUACGUAACACCUGCAUUUGGGGCCCUAAAUGUAGGUUUCGUCAUCCCAAGAUGAACAAACUGGGCAAAUAUGUGAUGUUUGAAAAAAAGUUUCUGCCUGUGCCUACAGUGCCUUUCACGCCAGUGUGGCCAACAUACAUCUUACCAUCUAUGGAUACCUACCAAACGGCACUGGUCGAGAAAAUGCCGAGGGUGCCUGAAAGCCUGGGUAUAUCGUUCGGCCUGAACGACAUGGACAACGAUCCCUACUACACACAGAAUCAGCCAGAGGUAAACAACCGUGCUCCACUGCUUCCAAAGCCAACCUUCAGUGAAGUAUUAAUAGCGCAGGAACGAUAUAACUCAUUGGCAGGGAAUCGGCCCAUCCGUACCCUUUCAUAUUCUCAGCAUAUGCGAUCGACGACUAAGACAAUUGGAAUGUCCUUAUCGACGUGUUUUAACAAACGAGAUUGGUCUUCGAGUCUGCCAAGGUACUCCGCCAGCAAAAAUACGCAACCUCAAAUGUCAUUACUGAAAUAUAGCAAUAUUCAAAGAAGUUCCAGCAUCAUUGUACGGUCGAAUCCAAAAAGGCAACGCCUUACCGACAGCACUUCCAGUUCUAGCGACUCGUCUGAAUCUUCUAGCUAUAAAUCCACCGCCGAAAGCACCGAUGAAGUUUCAUCUUUCUCCGAAUCUGAUGGAUGGGGGACACAAAAUGGCUCAACUUUAUUGGGAAUAUCGAAUAUAACCAGAAAACAAAACGAAGAAAAUUUCUCAUCAGGUGCAGUUGCAUAUUUAUCUAAUCAAGCAAAACUUAUCACAAAACGACCGAAUUGUUCAAAAUUCCCAACGCAAAAGCUAUCACCCACACAAGAUUAUUCAAAGCCGUCGACUAAAACUCCACCAAGAAGUCCUACAAUUGUGUUACCUAGUGCACCGAAGAAGCCUCACAGCAUAUUGGGCAACUCUUACAGUAUCAGAAAGAAACAGUAUCGACAGAAACAGUUACUAGUUCAACUGUUGCGAGUAGAGCAGCAAAUAGCGAAAAAGAAGAAGCAACGAGUGAAAGCACUUAAAGAGUAAUCGUUUGAACUUGAAAUCGCCACUUAAAGUGUCUAAUAAAGUCAUCGUUAAUAAACCAUUCGCU